GUGCCUCGAAUACAAAAUGACUUCGAUAAUUGAUCAAAUGGAGCAGCACUCCCAAGUUUCGACGAGGUUCCCAGGGCCGGAGCCCAUGACGUCCUCGGGCUUCAUCAACAUGCAGCUCGAGGACAACACGCCCAUGUUCUCGAAGCAGAAGAUGAAGUUCAAUCCUACUGACUCCAUCACCCAUGUAGCGGUGGCGAGUGACUAUUUGGUGCUGGCCAUGGCCAACGGGAAACUCUUUCGCAUGGAUUUGAAAAGGCCUGAUCAAAAUGAGGAACUCCAAUACUCAAAGUUUGUCCAACCAAACACUCGGCUGACAGGAAUAUUCCUUGACCCACUGGGUUACCACCUGCUCCUAGCCUUUGCCGCCAGAAACAAAGACGGUAACCCUGAACUCGUCUACUUACACCGAAGGAGCUCAAAACUCAAAUCCGUCACAAAAUCUAGAAACUAUGAAGUGACGGAAGUUUGCUGGAAUAAUGAGAAUACUUCCGAGGUUACGACAGGUCCUAUCCUGCUUGGGACGUCGCAGGGACACAUUCUGGAGACUGAGUUAGAAGCGGAUAGUGAUAAAAUGUUUACAGCUAACCAACAAUAUUGGCGGCAGCUGCCUAAUUAUCUUCCGCUGUAUGGAGGCAAGGAGAUUGAUGGUUUGAUAUUCGACAUAGUGGACAAGGACUGCAACCCCCCGAUCACCGGCAUCCAGUUCCACCGCGUGAACAACACCAGCAAGUUCUUCGUGUUCAUCACGACCCCGACCAAGCUGUACCAGUUCAUAGGAUACGCUGUCACUACGGACGGGAAGCUGUCUCUACAGUCCAUAUUCCACAAGUACUUGACGAUCCCGGAGACGGGUAUCCAGGAGAUACCCUCGAGCCUCAAGUACUCCAAGCUGCAGUUCUACUUCGACCACAACAACGUGGCCAAGACCUUCGCUUGGCUCACGGGCCCUGGGAUAUUCUACGGGCAGUUGGACCCGUCAUCGCAGCAGAACUCCAACUCCCUGUUCACCCAGGCGGGCCUCAUCAACUACCCCGACGACAAAGACAAGGAAGACAAAGACAGAGCACCCCUCUCUUUCGUACUCACCGAGUUCCACGCCCUCCUCAUGUACCCCGACCGCGUCAAGGCCGUCUCGCUUCUCAACCACGAACUCGUCUACGAAGACAUUUACUCCGAGGCCCACGGGAAAUUAAAAAGCAUAGUCAAAGAUUUCAGAAAGAGAACCAUCUGGGCCGUCACAGAUAAAACUCUAUUUAGAUAUAAAAUUGUUAGGGAAGAACGAGAUGUAUGGAAAAUCUAUUCGGAUAAAGAACAGUUCGACUUGGCUAAGGAAUACUGCUUUAAUAACCCAGCGUACAUAGAUAUUAUUAAUGUGAAACAAGCCGAGAUGUUAUUCGCUAAAGGGGACUAUGAGAAAAGUGCGGAAAUAUUCUCCGAUACGCAAAGCAGCUUCGAAACUGUAUGCCUUAAGUUUCUAGAAGCGGAUCAGACGAAUGCCUUAAAAAUAUACCUGAACAGGCGAUUAGAAUCUCUAAACGAAGACGAUAAGACUCUAAUUUCAAUGAUAGUCAUCUGGAUUACAGAACUAUAUCUAUCUCAGUUAGGUGUGCUAAGACGGACAGGGCAAGAAGAUACUCAAAAGUAUCAUCAGCUGCAAAGCGAUUUUGAAGUGUUCCUAGUACAGCCUAGAGUUGAAAAGUGCAUGCAGCAUGUCAAAAAGGUUAUAUACGACCUUAUGUCUUCCCACGGCGAUAAACAGAACUUAAUCAAACUAACCAUUUUAAACGAAGACUAUGAAAAUGUCAUAGCGCAGAAUAUUUACAAGAAAUCUUACGCAGAAGCGUUGAGCACUCUCUCAACCUUAAAAAAACCAGAUUUGUUUUACCAAUUCGCUCCCGUUUUGAUGGAAGAGGAGCCUAGACUGACAGUGAAUACUCUAAUCGCUCAAGGCACUAGACUGAACUACCUCAAACUGCUCCCAGCUUUUCUGUCCUGCGAGAAUAAUGAGGCUCAUGUUAGUGAGAUUAUGAGGUACUUGGAGUUCAUAAUGCUGAACUUCAACGUGAAAGACACGGCCAUUCACAAUUAUCUGUUGACGUUGUACGCGGAACAUGACAAGGUUGCGCUCAUGAGGUAUUUGGAGAGGCAGGGGCAAGAUGCCGUGUUGGUGAACUAUGAUGUCCAUUAUGCAUUGAGAUUAUGCCGCGAGAGAGAACUCCCCGAAGCUUGCGUCAAGCUAUCCGCUUUACUAGGACUGUGGGAGGCGGCCGUGGAACUCGCUUUACAAGUGGACCUGGCCUUAGCUAAGGCGGUGGCCGCGCUGCCGCCCGAGCCGGCCACACAGCGCGCCCUGUGGCUAACCAUCGCGGAGCACGUAAUCACCAAGAACCAAGAUCUCCGGGAAGCCAUGAGCUUCCUCACAGAGUGUCCGCUCUUGAAGAUAGAGGACCUGCUUCCGUUCUUCAGCGACGUGGUCACCAUCGACCACUUCCGCGACCCCAUCUGCCAGUCGCUCCAGGAAUACAACUGUCAAAUAAAGGAAUUGAAAGCAGAAAUGGACGAGGCCACCCAAGCCGCUGAAUCUGUCCGCGCGGACAUCAAGUCGUUCCGCAAUCGUAGCGUGUGCGUGUCGGUGACGGAGACCUGCUGCCUCUGCGAGAUCGCGCUACUACUGCGGCCCUUCUACCUGUUCCCGUGCGGGCACAAGUUCCACAGCGACUGCACGAGGGCCCAGGCCAUGGACAUACUGAGCCCAGCCCGCCGCAACAAGCUAGCCGAUCUCCAGCGUCAACUGAACGUGCUCUCCAAGAUCGAACUGUCCACCAUCACCAGCAACGGGUUACCGCUGAGGGAAGUGCUGAGGAACGAGGUCGACGACAUAGUGGCCAACGAGUGCAUCUUCUGCGGCGAGCACAUGAUCAACUGUAUAGACAAGCCGUUUAUUGCUGACGAGGACUGGGACCGGGUUAUGAAGGAAUGGGAAUAGAUUUGGAG